AUGGAAGACGGGGUUCAAAGAUUUCUAUAUAGUCGGUGUCCUGAGGUUCCUCCCAUAGGUGCCGCCACAACGCAACUCUGCCGUCGACGGAGGAAUAGAAGUCCCCCAUCUCUUGACAGUGACGCCGUCUCGAUCGGCUCGAUUACGCGCCGGUCAUUGCCAAUGAAAGGAGUACCGUGGAUUGAAUUCUCUAGGAAGACGCGUCAGAAGCAACGCAAGUGGAUUAUCGGAAUCAGCGCCUCGAAUCAGCCCAGGUGUGUGAGUAUGUUUCACGUUGUCGUGAAUGUUGGUGGCAAAAAGUUCCAUACGACGCUGGAAACGCUAUUGAACCGCCCAGGUGCAAAGGAUCGAAAUUUAUUUCUGGAUUUUCCAUCUCGCAGCAAAGUAUUCAUCGAUCGUGAUCCGAGAUUGUUUGGAUACAUUCUGAAUUACUUGCGUGACGGAAGAGUGCACAUCCCUAAAAAUGGACACUUCAUCGCGCUGUUGCAACAGGAAGCUGAGUACUAUUGUCUCGAUUCACUCGCUGAUAGACUUGAAAAAGAGCUUCUGUUGUUUCAUGACUUCCUCACUAUUGACGCCACUGAAGAAUCGGAAGGGACAGAAGAACAUGAGGAAUCUGAUCUGAGUUGGCUUUCAUCAACUGAUUAUUCUGAUUACUCUGAUGAGAGUGUUUAUUCGGACACUGAGUGACAUUCUUGUAGAAUAAUUUUUGGUAAUAAGC